AAAAAAAAAAAAUGAAUAUCAUUUAUAUUUGCUGUUUCCUCCUUUCACUUCCUUUUAUCAAUUUUUCAUCCUUUCUGUGGCUUCUGAUCAUUUUUAUAUUAGUUAUUUUUCAUUUACUUAUACAACUUCUCAGCUUCUUUUGUAGUACCUCAGCCUCAAACAAUACUUCUGAAGACACUCCCUUGAACAAUAUUUUGAAAGACGUAAUACCCGAAAUUCCUUCUUGUUUUGAAGGUUUAGAAGAACAGUGGGCAGAUCUCAAUAAAAACGGAAGAGAUUUUCGAAAAGAAAUCUGGUUCAAGACACAUAUUAAUCAAGCAAAAAAGGAAAAUAUCACUCCUUUAGAACAUCUUGCUGACUUUUUAAGAAGAGCAUACCAAAAAAAAGAGGAAGAUUUACAGGAAGAGGAUCUAUCCGGAGAGGACAACGAAGAUUCUAACUACCAAGAGUUCGAAUUAUGUCUCACCGAUCGGACGAGGACCCCGUCGACAAAUAAAUUUAAGCAGAAGAGCUCUUUCUAGAGUGAAUAAUCUGAGCAAAUGUAGAAAGGCACUUUGUAUGCAUUGAUUGAUAUUUUUUGUGCAACAGCAACUCAUUUAGCUUCACGUAUGUUGCCCCAAGUUCAAGGUCAGAUCAGAUCAGAUCUAAAGUCAUUUAUCUAAAUGUGAAUCAGACACAUUAUGUAGAUGUUAGAAUUACAUUUAGACGUGGAAUCCAAAUUAAAGAUGUAUUUAGUGGAUAAUUAAUUGCUAUUCAAAGAUUAAAUAAAUAAAAUUCAUGCA